ACUGAAAAGAUGUCGUUCACCUGCUUAGACUGUGGGAAGGGAUUCACUCGUUCAUCCACACUACAGAGACACCAGCGAGUUCACACCGGGGAGAGGCCAUUCACUUGCUCUGAAUGUGGGAAGGGAUUCAGUGACUCAUCCAAACUUGUGAGACACUACCGAGUUCACACUGGGGAGAGGCCGGUCACUUGCUCUGAAUGUGGGAAAGGAUUUGCUCGGUCAUCUCAACUGACUGAACAUCAGCGAGUUCACACUGGGGAGAAACCGUUCAGCUGCUUUCAAUGUGGCAAGGGGUUCACCCAGUCAUCUCAUCUGAAAGUACAUCAGCGAAUUCACACUGGGGAGAAGCCAUUCACAUGCUGUGAAUGUGGGAAGGGAUUCACUGACUCAUCCCACCUUGUGAAGCACUGCCGAAUUCACACUGGGGAGAAGCCAUUCACAUGCUCUGAAUGUGGGAAGGGAUUCACUGACUCAUCCCACCUUGUGAAGCACUGCCGAAUUCACACUGGGGAGAAGCCAUUCACAUGCUCUGAAUGUGGGAAGGGAUUCACUCAGUCGUCUCAUCUGAAUGUACAUCAGCGAAUUCACACUGGGGAGAAACCGUUCAGCUGCUCUGAAUGUAGGAAGGGAUUCGCUGAUUCAUACUCCCUUGUGAAGCACAUCCGAAUUCACACUGGGGAGAAGCCAUUCACAUGCUGUGAAUGUGGGAAGGGAUUCACUGACUCAUCCCACCUUGUGAAGCACUGCCGAAUUCACACUGGGGAGAAGCCAUUCACAUGCUGUGAAUGUGGGAAGGGAUUCACUGACUCAUCCCACCUUGUGAAGCACUGCCGAAUUCACACUGGGGAGAAGCCGUUCACGUGCUGUGAAUGUGGGAAGGGGUUCACUGCAUCAUCCAACCUGGUGAGGCACAGCCGAAUUCACACUGGGGAGAAACCGUUCACCUGCUCAGAUUGUGGAAAGGGAUUCACUCGGUCAUCAGGCUUGAAAGUCCAUCAGCGAGUUCACACUGGGCGAUGCCAGUCACCUGUUCUGAUUGUGGGAAUGAAUUCGCUCAGAUAUCUCAACUGACUGAACAUCAACUGCUCAGACUGUGGGAAGGCAUUCACACACUGAUCCACACUGCAGAGACAGUGGAGGGUUCACACUGUGGGGAGGGUGGUCACCUGCUCAGACUGUGGGAAGGCAUUCACACACUGAUCCACACUGCAGAGACAGUGGUGGGUUCACACUGGGGUGAGUGUGAUCACCUGCUCAGACCGUGGGAAGGCAUUCACACACUGGUCCACACUGCAGAGACAGUGGUGGGUUCACACUGUGGUGAGGGUGGUCACCUGUUCUGACUGGGAUGGGUUUCAAUCAGUCAUUCAUCCUUGUGUCACCGUAUCAAGCUUUGACCCAACGUGAAUCUGAGAGAUCAUAAGCUUCAGAGGACGUAAUUCACUCAGGUUCACCAAUGGAGUAUUAAAGGCAGUGGUUCAGGGCAGGUUAUUUUUGAGCUUUCAGCGGUGGCCACUCCACAGUCAGGAUGGAUUAUCAAGAAAACCUUUAUUAGCAGGAGCAAAUGGAGCUGUCACUGUUGGAGUGGACAGAGUUGGAGCGGAGACUUUGAGGCUUUAAUUUUUUGAGGUUUCAGUGGGGAGAGCAGUCAGUCAGAGAAGGCAAAAUCAUGAUGGAUGUAGAAUUUUUUUUGCCCCUUCUUUACAUUUUCUCAGUUGAAACAGUGGAGAUGACAGGCGGGGUGGUGGAAAGCUGCUUUCUGGGAUGUGGGAAGGCAGAGGACCCUGCUGUGUCCCUGAUAACUACACCUGUGAGAAAGGCAUCCAGCUUCAGCUCCGAACAAUCCACAUUAUGGAGUUGCAGCUGGAACUGGAUGAACUCCAGAUCAUUCAGGAGGCUGAAGGGGUGAUAGGUAGGACAUUUGAGAGGUAUUUGCACCCAAGGUGCACGGCACAGGAAACUGGGUGACAGUGAGGAAGAAACUGCACUCUCUGUUUCCCCCUGUGCCCAUCCCUUUGAACAACACAGGUAUCACUUUAGGUACAGUCGGGGAUGGUGGGAUGACCUGGCAAAGAAAAGUCACAGCAAUAGGGUCUCUGGCACUGAGCAUGGCUCUGAGACUGAGAAGGGAAGGGAGGAGAAGAGGCGAGCUGUGUUGAUACGUGGCUUGUUAGCUCAGGGAACUGACAGGAUGUUCUGUAGGUGAGUGUUGAGCAUUCCUCAGGAGGGUGAACAGUGAAGGUCGUGGUCCAUGUGGGUAACAAUGAUAUGGGCUGGUAGAGUAACAAGGUUAAGUUAAGGGAGUUCAGGGAGUGAGGUGCUAAUUGAAAGGACAGCUCCUCCAGGCCUGUGAUCUCAGGACUGCUGUCCGUGUGAUGUGGCAGGGAUCAGAAGAUUAUACAGUUUAACAUGUGGCUAAAGAGUUGGUGCAGGAGGGAGGGGAUAAGAUUUUUGGAUCAUUUGAGCUUGUGAGGAUUGCUGUGUACAGAGGAGUGAGAGUGUGUAGGUAGGGACAGCACAUCACUAACGGAAUGUGACUGGGCACACAGGUCUCUCUGUCUCUCUCACAAACACAUCAGUGGAGUGGGGAGGGAGGGGAGUGAGAAGGGGAAGGGGAAUGAGGAGGAUGGAGUUCGGACUCCUUCACAAAGUCCCACACUCACCCAACCCUCCCCUCUGGAAUUGGUCCCAUUCCCUCCCCAAGAUUGGGGGUGAGCAUUGAGUCACCUUGCCAACAAGAAAAGGAAUUGUUCGAUAACAUCUGCUUAACACAUUUUGAUAAUAAAUUUACAUUGAACUUGAA